UCAUUCGCUCGCUCCACUUCCUAGUCGCCAUUAUCGAUUUGUGGCAGAGGAAAAAUAGAAAAUUAAAAAAUCGCGUUUCAGCGUUAGGCACCGGUUAGAGAGCGCAUAAAACGCGUCGUUACAUUGUUUAAGGCUUGUGACGUAGUAACGAACAACUGUGUACCGUUCAGUUUUUCCUAAAGCUCGAGUAUAAGAAUUUUCCUGUUGAAAAUAUUCUCAAUCAAUCAAUACCUCUCUCUCCCUCGCUCGCGUAUUCGUGUGUGUGUCUCUGUCUCUCUCUUUCGUUGUGUGAGUGUGUGUUCGUGUGGUCUGCUCCUUGGGUGCAUAAUUAAAUUAAUCAAGUAAAUAAAAGUCAGUGUGCGGGAGAAAGAAGAGGAAACACAACAACAACAGCUUCAUCAUGACCAUGGCAGGGCAAACGAUCAACGACAGGCUGCUUGCAGCCCGUCACAGCCUAGCAGGCCAAGGACUUGCAAAGUCCGUUUGCAAGGCCACCACGGAGGAAUGCAUUGGCCCGAAGAAGAAGCAUUUGGACUAUUUGGUGCACUGCACAAACGAACCGAAUGUGUCGAUACCUCAUCUUGCCAAUUUACUUAUCGAGCGCUCCCAGAACGCCAAUUGGGUCGUUGUCUACAAGUCGCUGAUAACCACACAUCAUCUCAUGGCAUAUGGCAAUGAGCGUUUUAUGCAAUAUCUGGCUUCAAGCAAUUCCACGUUCAAUCUCAGCUCCUUUCUGGACAAAGGAACUGUGCAAGAUGGUGGCAUGGGCGUUCCGGGUGGCAGAAUGGGUUACGAUAUGUCGCCCUUCAUUCGGCGCUAUGCCAAGUAUUUGAAUGAGAAAUCGCUCUCCUAUCGAGCCAUGGCCUUCGACUUUUGCAAAGUCAAGCGAGGCAAAGAGGAAGGCUCGCUGCGCAGCAUGAACGCAGAAAAACUUCUGAAGACAUUGCCAGUUUUGCAGGCACAACUGGAUGCACUUCUGGAGUUCGACUGUCAGUCCAAUGAUUUGUCCAAUGGUGUUAUUAAUAUGAGCUUUAUGCUCCUAUUUCGCGAUCUCAUACGCCUGUUUGCUUGCUACAAUGAUGGCAUCAUUAAUUUGCUUGAGAAGUACUUUGAUAUGAACAAGAAACAUGCGCGCGAUGCAUUGGAUCUCUACAAAAAGUUUUUGGUACGCAUGGACCGUGUUGGGGAGUUCCUUAAAGUGGCCGAGAAUGUGGGCAUUGACAAAGGCGAUAUUCCCGAUUUGACCAAGGCGCCCAGCUCGUUGCUGGAUGCUCUGGAACAGCAUUUGGCCACGUUGGAGGGUCGCAAAGUUUCCGCAGCCAACACGCCCACACAGUCAUCAAGCAAUCAGCGCAAUGUAAAAUCCGCUGUAUCUGCACUCUCUUCUACCAGCUCGGCAUUUGGUACUGCGGCUGCUUCUAGCAAAUUUGAUACCACCAAUGGCAUUGACGAGCAGCUAAAGGCGCAGGUGCUUGCCGAAGAGGAGGCUGCCAUGAACCAAUACAAGUCUAAGGUAUCGUCGCCGACUAGCAGCGGUGCUGGGGCUAGCGCUGCACUAACAAAUCCAUUUCUAUCGUCGCCACCAGCCGCACAGGCUGGCCAGCCGAUAGUUGAUCUGUUCGGUGCCGCGUCGGCGCAGCCCGCUGCUGCUGCAGCAGCCACCAAGGCCUCAGACGAUCUGCUGCAGUUGGGCAAUCCUUUUGCUGACAUGUUUGAAGCCAGCGGCGGCGGCGGCGGAACUGCCGCUUCAGGAGCCACAGGUGCUGCACUCAAUGCCAAUAAUUUGUGGAUGCAUAAUAAUGGUUUUAAUGGCGCUUCAGUUUCCUCCGCUGCUGCUACAAAUACUUUCGUUUCCGAUAGUAAUUUCUCAUCCGUUUUUGGUAACACGGAACCAGCAGCGUCGAUGUCGUUGCCAAAUCCAUUUUUCGAUGACAUGUCGUUGCCCCAAGUUCCACUUGUUGCUGCGUCUGCACCCUUUGGCAACAAUAUCAAUUUCAUGGAUCAACAGGUGCAACAACAACAGCCAGCGGCAUUAUAUGUGCAGCAGCAACAGCAUUUGCAACUACAGCAGCAUCCGCAAAACCGGCAGCAAUUGCCGCAACAGCAAGCGCUAUUGCCACCCUCCAUGUCAGCCACGACAGCAGCAGCUCAGUUUCCACCAGGCUUCGAUGCAUUGGGCGAUGUUCUCAAGCCUGCCUCAGCCAACAACAACAGCAAUCAAAUGAACGUUGUCGCCACAGGUUACUCCAGCAAUAGCAGUUCGAUUCUAGCGUUACAACAGCAGCAACACAACCAGCAACAUCAGCAGCAAGUGCACCAGCAGCAACAGCAGCAGCCACCGGCUGGCACUGGGAAGAUAAUUACCGGCGACUUGGAUAGUUCACUAAUGUCACUAGUUGAUAACUUAAAUAUAAACAAAACGGCAAGUGCAAAACCCGUGCAAUGGAAUUCACCUAAAAAUACAGCGAAACCAGGUGCUAAUUGGACACCCCAACCAAUGGCGGCUACUACUGGUGCUGGCUAUCGUCCAAUGGCACAUGGCAUGACCGUAAGUCCUGCGCCAAUCACAAUCAAUCAUCCGUAUAUACAUGCUAGUUAUCCUGUAAUGCCAAAUUAUAUGCAGGGAAUGCCGGUGAUGGGCCAGCCAAGUAUGAUGGGGCAGUCAGCAGCCCCUUUGACUGGGGCGCAACCGACGAUGAUGGCGCCGCACAGUAAUGCGACGGGCAUCAUGCAACCCAUCCAGCCAACGCAGAAUGGCGGCAAUAAAGGCGUCCCACUCUACCCAUUUGGUGCGAUAUAAGCGGUCCCCAAGGAGAUCAUGCGUGCAAAACACUCACUUACUCAGUUUAAGAGCUCUAACCUCAUAGACAGCAAACAUCAAACCACACUCACAUUACACAAAUGCGUAAUAAAAUAUUAAAUAUAACAAUUAUAUAUAUAUAUACAUGAGCAACUUGAAAUUUCAUUAUAUAACAUUUUUACACAACGCUACAGAAAUAAUAUAUAAAGUUUAUGAAAUCAGCAGCAGCAAAAGCAAACACAAAUGAAACAGAAGGAAAUUAUAUUAUAAUGUUGAACAUUGAGCAAACACGAAAACAAAUGCUAUAUACAUACAUAUAUAUAUAUAUAUAUAUAUAUUUAUAUUAUUACUAUUUAAAUGAAAAACAAAUAAGUUUGACUAUUUAUAUGUAUACACCAAUUUAUAUACUAUGCUUAAACGAAUGAAGAAAUGCAGAAAGCAAACACGAAACAAUUUCCAUAAAUAGCUAAAGGAAAGUAACCUAUGUGAAAUAUACCUAUGAACUCUAAGUUAAGAAUAUACAGAACCUGUAGUUGUGUCCUACGCCAAUCACUAAACACACGUUGAUAUAUCUAGUGGAAGUAUGUUAACUGUCUCAAAGCAGAAGAAUGAUUAACAUAAAACUGAUUCAGAAAUGAUAUGUUAAAACUCAGUUCAAGUGUUUGUACACCUUAACGUAAUAAUUUGCAAUAUUUAAAUCCGUCUAUCAAUGUUUUUCUGUUAUUUUUUUUGGCCAACUCUGGUGGCUAAAAACCUAUUAAAUAUUUUAAAUUGUUAUUAAGCAAAUUAUUAUUUGUUGAAAGGAAAAUAUUUGUAAAUGCAUUCCAAACUAGCUUCAAUUUUGUCCAAAUUAAAUUUGCGAAGAAAAAACAUUUGUAAUUACUAAGUAUUAUAUAACAACAAAUUCAGACAACGCUGGUGUAAAAUGUGUUGAUAAUAUGUUUAAAUUCUAGAAAACAACAGCAACGUUUAUUUAAUAUGUGUUAUACUUUAGUGAGUAUGUUGUAUUAGAAAUUUAUUUAAUUGCAUCUGAGCAUUCGAUACGAAACUGACAUCAUAUACGUAGUUCAUUACAAGAAUGUGUACAUAAAGCAUAAUAAGUGUAUGUAGAAAUUUUCCUACAGCCAGACACGCUGAACUAUGUUUAAAUAAAACCUAUAUAAUUUAUAUACAAUA